AUGUCUAAGCUCUUUGUUCAUCUAACCGUUGCUACGAUGGAAUUUAGCGGCCUUUCUUGGCAUACCAGCGAUGAUACCUUGCGCGAGGGUUUCCAGCAAUUUGGAGAGAUCCAAGAAGCUAUUGUUGUGAAGGACCGUGCGACUUUGCGGAGCCGUGGCUUCGGCUUUGUCCGCUUUGCUACGGACGCUGAGGCAGAUGCUGCUUUGAAUGCCAUGAACAACCAAGAAUUCGACGGAAGGGUCAUUCGCGUUGACAAGGCGUUUGACCGACCCCAGCGCAGCGAAGGUGGCUUCCAAGGCCGUGGUGGAUACAAUUCUCAGCCCCAAUCUUCUUAUCAGGGUGGUCAGGGUGGUCAGGGUGGUGCUGGUGGUUACGCUGGCGGAUACAAUAACAAUGGCGGGUACAACAACGCCGCUGCUGGUGGAUACAGCGGGGGCGGUUACAACCGUGGUUACAACAACAACUUUGCCCCCAGCGGUCCCGCUGGCUACGGAGCAGGUGGUCCUGGCGGUUAUGGCGGUGGCCCAAAUACCGGAUAUGGCGGUGGUGGAGGCUGGCGUGGAAACAACCAUGAGCAGGCUCCUCAGGACGGUCAGCAUUAG